AUGAAAGUCCGCUCGCAGAUGGUAGCCCCAUCCGCUCGUGUUAGACGGUACCGCUUCGGCGAUGGGCAGAAGGUAAUGAGAAGAUACCUUGGCUUGCUGGACAAUGCGGCUGAGCCAGACGACAUCGCAACAUCGGCCCAGAUUCGUGGACCCCCAACAUCAACAGCCAGCCACGAAAAGCCACCAACGCUGUCCCACGAGACCGUCAUUCUGCGUGAAUUCAAACAAGCUGCACCACCGUAA